AUGACUCACGGGAAGGGUGCCGAGCUGGUGCUGCACCAGCACGGCAAAUCGAGGGUGCGGGUGGCGCGAGUGUGGCGGCAGGGGAGCGUGCACCACUUUGUUGAAUACAAUGUGUACUCCAUGCUGGAGUCCGACAUGGCCCACGCCUACUACACAGAGUCCAACCGGGGCAUGACCUCCACAGACACCCAGAAGAACGCCGUGUAUUACGUCGCCAAGCAGUUUGCGUCACCGUGCUCCCCCGAGGAGUUCGGCGUGGCGCUGGCCAAGCACUUUGUGCAGAACUACCCGCUGGUGUGGAAGUCCAAGGUCAUGGUGGAGAUGAUGCCCUGGAAGCGGCUGGACCUGGGCGGCCAGCCGCACGACCACGGCUACACGGCGCUGGGCGAGGAGCUGCGCACCGCCUACGUCACGCACGACAACCAGGGCAAGACGGAGGUGCUGAAGACCACGCAGAGCGGCUACGUCGGCUUCCUGCACGACAAGUUCACCACGCUGCCAGACGUGACCGACCGCAUCGUGGCCACCUCCGUCACCGCCACCUGGAAGUACUCCCGCGCGCCGCCUUGCUACAACGCCGCCUUUGACGCGGUCAGGCAGGCCUUCUGCUCUGCCUUCUUCGGGCCCGUCAAGGGCGGCGUGUACAGCCCCUCGGUGCAGUACACGCUGUACCGCAUGGCGCAGGGAGCCAUCGCCAAAGUGUCCGAGGUGGACAGCGUGUUCCUCAACAUGCCCAACCUGCACUUCCUCCCCGUGGCGCCCGUCACCUCCCGCUUUGACGACGACGUGUAUGUGGCAACGUCAGAGCCGCACGGCAACAUCGAGGCUGUGGUGACGCGCCCGUCGGCGCAGCCCCACUGCCGGCUGUGA